UGACCGAUCAGUCGCGUACGCCAUUCCGCGUAUGACGAAAAACACGUCGCGUAGUGUUGUCGUCGUCGUGGACGAGGAGUAGCUGGCGCGCGUCGAGAUUACGUCUCCAGGCCCUACUCUCUCUCUUUCUCUCUCUCUCUCUCUCUCUCCCUCUCUCUCCCUCUUCCCCUGGUUCGGGACGGCAGAACCGAGAAAGCACCCUUUUGGCCCUCCUUCGGGGGAAGAGGCAUCCCCCCGCGCGCACAUGAUAGACGCACGCAUACCCGGGUAUCUCUAACCUCUCUGUUUCUUUCCCGCGAUCGGGGCGGGGAUACAUCGUCAUCCCGCGUUAUCAUUGUCAUCAUUGUCCCAAUUCGUCUGGCGGUGUGUCCGUGCGGCCGCCUGCCCGCGACGACGACGGGUGCCUUCGCCCCCGACGCGUUUUCGCGUUCCCCUUCCCCGGGGAAUGCCGGUGUGCCGCCCGAGGUUCGACUCCCUUCUUUCUUGACGUUUCCCCCUACCCUUGCCUACGGUUCGCCUUCUUUCUCGUGCCGUUUCUCGCGGUACAUCGGCCACGUCGAGGUAGCGCGCGAGAGAAAGAGGGAACGGAGUCUCGAGCUCUAUUUCGCGGUAGGUUCCCACCUAUGGACCUCCCCCCCUACCCUCAUCGCGCUCCUACCCCUUACGGCACCCGUAGGGGCACCAUCACCGCCUGAUGGAGUGGGGUGGGAUCCUGGGCCACUUUGACGACUAUCCUCCCUGCUCCCGGAUCCCUUUUAGGUAGGGGGAGGGGGUGAAGUGGGGGAGCCCUCACCCCACCCUCGGAGCGAUAUCAAGGCUCCGAGUCAAGAGCACGUUACUCGCCUCGUCGGCGAGUCGCUAAACCAACGUGGGAUUUUCAUUUUGUCGCUUUCGCGGAAAAGCACGUGGGAGGGAGGAUGCGAGGUAGUCGGGUUCGAUUAGGUUAAGUUACCGGGAUGGAGCACGAGCACCUUCGCGUGUGCGUCAACGAUGGAGGGCGACUUUGAUCUCGUGUGUCGCGCGAUUUUAAUUACGAUAUCGUUCAUUGUGGAUCGCGCGAUGAUUCGACCGCGAAUUUACGUUUCACCCGCGCCAGGAAUUUUAUUCGAUUUCAUCCCUGUCUCUAGAUGACGGUCUUGUGAUAUUUUUCAUGUUGUGUAUAUUUCUUAAAGGUCACGAGAGUGAAAAAGAUGGACAUAUCUCAAUAUGCAUUCUUAUAACAUAGUACAAUUUAAUAAAUCUAAAACACAGGAAGCAAAUGUUUAUCCACAUCUCAUCUAUUUGUAAUUUUUCAAUUGAACAUCUUGGGUGUAAUUCUGAAAAAUGAAUUUCACACCUUUCCCUGGAUUCACCGGCUCACUGCCGACUGGUACUGUUCAUCAAUUCGCUACAGCAAAAUUUGCGCAGAAUCUUACUACAGGAGGACAAGUGGUUGGAGUUUUGUCAGGUGGUGAAGGUGGUGUGCAUUAUCUAAGGCCAGUGGAUCCAAAUGGCUUUGCCGUGGCUCAGGGCGGAAACAGUCAGCAACAGCAGAUUAUUACUCUGCCUAUCACUGUACCGGGAAAAGAUGGCACCCAACAACAGCAGACUGUUCAAAUACAAGUUGUCAAUCCCAGCGUAUCUCAAAGCGGAAAUAGCGGUGAUCAACCGAAAUAUCAUUUGGCGCCAAUAUCGCUGAGUCAGUUUCCACAAGGGACAGCCACCGUCCUCACUGUUGCCUACAGUCAGCAAGGUGCGGAUGGAGUACAAAUACAAGUACAGCCGCAAAACACUGUGGCGACUACGCAAACAUCCGAUCAAACGACGCAAAGCACAUCUACCGCUGUGACCACUACAUCUCAGCAGACCAUUCAACAGACGGUACAGCUUCCGGGAGCGCCCGAAGGUCUGACUGUAGUUGCCCAGAUUCCUCAAGAUUUGAUUCUGCGGGAAAGCAUAGAAGAAUCUAAGGAAGAUGUAAAAGAGGGUACAACACCUGUGGCCCUUAUCAAGCGAGGCAGUGUCAAGAAUCAAGGUAAUCAGAGCGGAGAAGAGUUUAUUACUUCUAUGCCCGCUAGUUGGCAAAGUCUGGCCACUCCAGGAUCUACGGUCGCUGAUUACCUCUCCAGACUACCCACUAGUACUCUGCCUCUCAGUUUGCAACACUUUCUCAAAUUUUCGGCGGAGACUAUAAAGAGAGAAGCUACUAUCGAAUCUAGUCCGCUUGGAGCGGAUGGUCUUGAUGCUUCCGGAAGUACAGCCUCGGGAGAGCAAGCGGUUCAGAUUACAGUCGCUGGAGGAGAAACGGCGAUCAUUCCCGACGUUGUCGAAGAACAGGAACCGGGAGCAAAACCGAAGCGAAAAAAGAAAUACAAAAAGAAACCUCCGAAACCGAAGAAACCAAAACCAGGGCAAGUAAGCAUAGUUACCGCUCUCGAUGGUACGACCCUGUUUUGCUGCCCUCAAUGUAAUAUGGCGUAUCCGGAGAAGGAAAGUUUGGAACAGCAUUUGAUUGGACACAAAAUCGAGAGGAGGUUCAUAUGCGACAUUUGCGGCGCUGGUCUUAAACGAAAAGAACAUUUGGAGCGACACAAAUUGGGUCAUAAUCCCGACAGACCUUUCAUAUGUUCCGUUUGCAUGAAGGGUUUUAAGCGAAAAGAACACUUAAAUCUUCAUUUUGUUAUACAUUCUGGACAAAAGACCGAAGUCUGCACCGAGUGCGGUAAAGCGUUCUAUCGGAAGGAUCAUCUUAGAAAGCACGCGAGAUCUCACCUCGCUAAGCGUGCCAAGGAAGAUCCAUUGAAUACGAGCGACGCGGCGCAAAAUCAACAACAGGCGGACCAACAGCAACAGCAAGUGGAACAAAUGCAACAACAAUCUUCGGUGCCCGAGUUGCAGCAAAUCCAGAUACAAGUAGGGCAAGGAUCUCAAGCGCAGAUUCAUCAGAUUUCCGUGAGCGAGCAAUCUACGGUAGUUUUACCUACAGCUGCCGAGACUGGAGCUAUGACUAUGCUGCAUCAUCAACAGCAGCAGCAACAGCAACAACAGCAGCAGCAGCAACAGACGCAGCAGCAGCAGCAUUAGCAACAGCCUACCGCCCCGAAUCAACUUGGGCGGUACUUUCGUUUCAACCAUCAGCACGCUAGAGGUCGUGCACGACAUAGCGUACUCGCUGAUUAAAUUUUGUAAUUUGAUAAGCGAGUUGAUGUUAUCGAAAGGAAGUUUCUUUAAUCUUCAUCGUUGCCUAGUUGAUUAUUUCGCAGUCUCCGUUUCGUGAAAUGC